AAAAAAAAAUCGUUCUGUUGCUAACUUCGUUUGGCAGAAUUGUUGAAACCAAAACAAAACAGAGUCGCUUUCUUGACGUUGACGUAAAAUAAUAAAAAAAAAAAAAACAAAAUAUAAAACAUGUCACAAAAUUCAUAGUUUUUGAAUAAGCUAAAUUUCAGUGUAACUGGACCGUUCCAAGCAUAUUUUGAUACGCAAAUUUUUGUUUGGAGUGUUGCACAAGAUUAUUUAAAUGGACGGGUCUACGGUGGACCACAGCGAUUCGGACUCUGGAGAGAGUUGGACCCUUUUAGAACACAGCCCUUCGUAUGGCGAAGAUGCCCCGGAAUUCGCGGAGAAUAGUCCAACACUCGAACAAGUAAGAGCUGAGACACAUAUUGAGAAGGAUGAAGACACGGAUGGGAUAUCUGUCAUCAGUGACAGCGAACCAGAGUCUACACCUUGUGAAUUAAACUACGACAAAUGUAUUGAUGAAGAGAGCCGUCCAACAGAUAUAUUAAAUACUCAAUUUGUUUCGAUUAAUCCUCUUGCUCCCAAUAUUAAUGACCAACAUGAAUCUAUAAGGAGUGAGGACGACUUUCUUGGAGAUGCCACUGGCAAACACAAAACCUAUGUUCACAGAAGAAAUAAAAGGCUUAGUACAGUUCUUAAUAUAAUCAUGUUAGGGAGUGUCAUUACAGCUGCAGGUGUAGCUAUUGGCCAUAUGUGGGGUGCCAGAAAUGAGUGCUCACUGCACACCACACCAUCCAUCAACAAGAUACUAUCUAACUUAUAUAAACUGCAAGAAGAGAAUGCCUAUUUAAGGAACAAAUUAAAAGAACUUACAUUAGUGAGCAGCAUACAAAUGCAACAAAAGAAACUCAACUUAGAAAGGAUACCAUACAAGCAACAAAGGUGUAAAAAGGUAUAUGAAGAACCUCUGAAUAGUAAGAAUACAGAAAAGAUCACUAAGUGCAUAGAUGUGGAAAAUAAUAAUUUUGAAAAAAAUGUUAAUACUCCUAUGAAUGUAAUCCAACCUGAAUAUGAAAAAGAAUUUUUGAAUGAUAUUGAUAAACUAAGGAAUAUUUAUCAGCAAAACAAAAGUUGGCUUGAUGAUGAAGUUGCCAAAAGGAUGAAAAAUGAGAAACAAACAAUUAAAAAAAUCGUAAACAACAUGAAAACACCAUUAACAAGCAUAAAAGAAGAACAAAAAGUAUCACAAGAUGAGAAUGUUAAAAAAAAUGCAGAUUUCCCUGGACAUAUAAAUAAGUUGAAUUCUGAAGAUGAUGCAGAACUCAUUGAAUUAGAACUACAUCCUAUAGCUGAUGAUGUUGCAGUUAAUCAAUUACCAGCUGCUCAGAAAGUGACUUAUGCAGACUCAUUAAAGUCUGUCCAUAAAGUUGAAAAGAGAGAUACAAAUAUAAAUGUAGGACCGCACAGAGAGGUCAAAGAACAUGUGAUCAGGAGGAAGAAUAAAAAAGAUCUUGAUGUACAUGACGUUUUGAGUGAGGAGGACUUAAAGAAAGAUGAUAGAUAUGCUGGCCCAAAGAUGAAACAGGACAAGAAAAAACGAGAUAGACAGAAAAUACAUAAGAAACAAAAGAGGAGAAAUAAAUAUGAACAGUGGGAGAUGAAGGGUGGUUACCUAAAGGACUAUGAUGAAUUUUCUAUAACAUCAUCACAAGAAAAUGAGUAUAUACUGAAGAAGCCUGAUCAAAACACAUUUAGUAGAGAUUUUGAAAAGAGGAAUUAUAUUAAUCAGUUUUCUGACAUCAGUGAGAGUCAAAACAACAGUGACAAUGCAAAUGAAAAGCAAUCACGAUUUGAUAAAGGAAAGAAGAAUGGAAAAGAUGACUUAAACUGGUAUGACAAGAGAGGUGUCCUCAGAACAGAAGCUAGGAAGAAACUGGAACAUGAACUGUUUGGUGAGACAAGUCCUAAUAAUGCUGGUUGGUACUUCCGACGUAUGCAGAGACGUGAACAGUGUCGCGCUAAGGGAGACAACAGUACAUAUAAGAAACUUGCCAGAAGAAAUAUGAAUUUUAAAAUGAAACAUUAAUAUUUAAUGUUACUUAUAAUGAACGUUGUGCAAACAUUUAGAAAAUUUGAACACUUAUCAUUAGCUGCUUAGUAGUUAAGUUAGUAAGUGACCCAACCCUAUAUCUGAAAGGUACUACUAAACCUUUUUUAACAAUAAUAUACAGUCAAUGGUAUAUUUUUUGUUUAAAAUGUCAGCUACAGUAGACUGCGCCAGAUAUAGGCAGGAUCACUUGGACUAAAUGUAAAUGAAAGUUUUUAAAUUGACUGUGUUUUUGCAUACUAACUUCAUUUGCUGUUACAAAGAUGGUAAAGCUUUAUAGGUGCUUGACACCAACAAGAGACUUCAGUCAAUUCUAUAUUUAUAUUCUAAUUUUUAGAUACUUAUAUUGCUGUUUCUUACAUGUAUACUUCACAUCUAUCUUACAACCAACUUGAACAUCUUGGUUUGAUAACUUGAGCUUAUAAACUUUUAUAAGUACUUUCUUUUUAUCAUUAAUGCAAUAUGCAUUUGCUUGAUUGACGUUUUCUAGAAUUUAGAAUAUUAAGAAAAUUUUAGAUGGUUAAUUCCACUCUAUGUAAAAUUUAAUUCUACUUAAAGUACACAUUUUAUUAUACUUGCCCUUAUGGAUUUUGCAUCCCGUGAUAAUUAAAACAGUAUUUUCAAAAUUAGCAGGUAUUAUAAAAUAAAUAAAUAAACAAAUA